AUGGCCGACGAUGGCAUGUUCCUGAACUUCUCCGUCGACGAGAGCCUUCCCUCUGCCGCUGCCAACAGCACGCGCAAAUUCAAAGGUGGGUCGUGGAGAGACCGUCUGAGAGCGAAAAGGUCAGCUCAGAGACGGGAAAGAGGCGGCGACCAGAAGAGACAACACGAUGUAAACACAGUCCCUAUAGCGCAGGGCCGCUUCGAGGGCCGAACGAAUAAACAUACACACGGAGGUCAAUCUGAUGAAUUCCCAGAUGCUCGACCGGCUAAGAGGAGGCGUGAAAAUGGACAUGUGCCAGAUUCAGCACAAGUUCAACAUCCCGCGCAGAGGCGAAAUAAUGAGCAGAGGCCACCUACAGCAGGCCCUCGCGAAGUUAUUUCUUCACUCUUCACCUACAAUCCGAAGCCAUCGACCGCUGUGGAACAACUCAAGGAUAGCGGAGAAGAAGAGAAGCCAACGGCGCCUUCUAACGCCCCUCUGAUUGAUGGUAUUGACACCUUCACAUCUCUCGGCCUUUCCUCCACCAUAGCUACGCAUCUCUUAACCAAGAUGAACCUCAAAACCCCUACGGCGAUCCAAAAGGCAGCGGUUUCACAAAUGCUAAAGGACGACAGCGAUGCAUUCAUACAGUCGGAGACCGGCUCCGGGAAGACGUUGGCAUAUCUACUCCCUUUGGUACAGCGAAUCAUGACCAUGUCUGAACAAGUGGCAGAAAAUAAAGAAGAUUACACACAAGAUCCGUCGAUGCUACAUCGCGACUCUGGUCUUUUCGCCAUCAUCCUUGCUCCGACCCGCGAGCUGUGCAAACAGAUCUCUGUCGUUCUCGAGCGCUUGCUCGGUUGUGCGCACUAUAUCGUCGCUGGCCAUGUAAUAGGGGGCGAAAAGAAGAAAUCAGAGAAAGCACGCAUGCGAAAGGGUCUCAACAUUUUGGUGGCGACGCCCGGUCGAUUAGUUGACCACCUGGAAAAUACAAAGGCGCUGGAUGUGAGCAACGUCCGGUGGCUGGUCCUAGAUGAGGGGGAUCGAUUGGUGGAUCUCGGAUUUGAAGAGGACAUUACCAAGAUCGUGAAGACUCUAGAUCAGAAAAAGAGGCCGAGGGGCAGCAGCAAAUGGCCGGGUCUGCCUGAAAAACGGACAACGGUGCUGUGUUCGGCGACAUUGAAGAUGAACGUACAGAAGCUGGGGGAGAUAAGCCUGAAAGAUGCUGUCCUAAUCAAAGGUGAUUCUGGGGACGGCGAUGGACUAGGACAAGGAGAGGCAGCCGGCGACGCGACGACGAAUGGCAACGGCACGAGGGAUUCCGCAUUCCUAGCUCCAGCACAGCUCAAGCAAUCCUAUAUCAUCGCGGCUGCAAAACUCAGGUUCGUCACACUUACAGCAUUACUAAAGCGAACCUUCGCGCGAAAGGGAUCAGUCAUGAAGGCCAUCGUUUUUGUCUCUUGCGCGGAUUCCGUCGAAUUCCAUUUCAAGGCAUUCACAACGGCAUUCGAGGGACAUGAUUCUUCAGAGGAUAAGGAACCUGAACAUGACCACGGGGAAACCGACUCUCAGGCCGAAGAUGUUGAAGCUGGCAAACCCUCGCCAACCUCGACCCGUGACCCAUCCGUCUCCGACUCGAUCCUGCCCUCCCCUACCCUCUCGUCCUCGCACAACCAAGUAACGCUUUACAAACUGCACGGAUCUCUGCCUCAAAUCACCCGCACCAACAUCGUCAAACGCUUCGCCGCCACCACUUCUCCGUCUCUGUUGGUCGCCACGGACGUCGCCUCUCGCGGCCUUGACCUACCCAACCUCGAUCUUGUGAUUGAGUACGAUCCGGCAUUCAGCGCCGAAGACCACGUGCAUCGGAUUGGGCGCACCGCUCGUCUGGGACGGGAUGGCAGAGCUAUCAUUUUCCUACUCCCGGGCAAGGAAGAAGGCUACGUCUCGGUGCUGAAAAGCUCAUACAAGACAGGAUCCGAUACCGUGGCGAAUGUCUCCUCCGUGUCCGCUGAGGAAGUGCUCAAAAAGGGUUUCACGCCACUCAGCGGCGUUAUUCCGACCAAGAAUAAAACCCACAAGAGCGAGAAGGGUGGUGCAGAUUGGCAAUCUCGCGCCACGGACCUUCAACUCUCGCUCGAGCGCUUCAUCUUGUCAUCCCCGCAAAACAAAGACUUAGCGAAGAGAGCUUUCCAAAGCCACGUGAGGGCCUAUGCGACGCACAUCGCCAGUGAGAGAAAGUGGUUCGAUAUCAAGGAGCUGCACCUGGGCCAUCUUUGUAAGAGUUUCGGCUUGAGAGAGACGCCAAGUGGGAUGGGGGUGGGCCGGAACAAGAAGGCCGCCGGGUCGAAGAGGGGGCGGAGCGCGACGGAUAGUGGUGCCAUACGGCAUGUAGGCGGCGACAGAGCAAGGACACGAGAUGCCGAUGCCGAUGUGGACAAUGCCGGUGACGCUGAUGAAGCGGCGCGGAAAAUGAGGGAGAAGAUCCGAAUGAACAGGAAGAUGAUGAUGGGAGGGACCGCGGACGAGUUUAAUAUCGCUUGA